UUGGAAGAUGAAAACAAAAACCAUUAGUUAGAGUUGUUCUAUUGAGGGAAGAUUAAGAGGUAGAAUAAAUAUAAGUAUAAUAGCUCGAAGUUUAAAUGCAUCACAUUAUUUCUAAUUUGCAGAAGUACCAAAAUAUCGAGUGUCUUAGGCUUCAAUAAUAAAAACAGAUAAUUAAGAGAAAUCAAGAAGAUUAUUAUUUCAUCAUCGUACUAUGUUGAUAGAUAAACUCAUAUAAAGGGAUAAGAAAUAAUAAAAGAAGAAAGUAUUAAGAGAAAAGAUGUAUGAAAUUAAUGAAUCCCAGUAACGAAGACUUAGCUGUCAUUGUAAUGAAUGUGGCAAAAGUUCAAAUAAAAUGACUAAAUUUCAUAAUAUAUUACUGAAAUCAGAGAAACCAACAUAAGAAUUCUGGUCCAGUUCAAAUUUACAACCAUAAUAAUAAUCUUUGCUCACAAUAUCAACUAAAUCAUUGAAGUCUACUACAACCUUACUAUCUAUUCCAGAUACAAGUCCAUAAAAAGUUAGAUCUAAAAUUGAGAGUCCUAUCUAAAAGAAAUUAAACUUCAAUUAUAAAUUAAUUUCUGUACCUUCUUUAAAUUAGAAACCAUAUCUUUCUGAAUAAUCACCUUAAAAAAAAGUCAAUCAUCUUUAAACAGACUCUACAUAGUUAAUCCUUAGACCAAUAUCACUUAGAGCAUCUGCUCCUAAUUUAGAAACAUUCGAUUAUUCAUCUAAACAAAGUAGUCCAAGAAGAGGAUAAUCAAAUUAAAACAUAAAAUAAGACAUUCAAGUAUUGACUCAAAGGAAUUUCUCCAAAAGAAUGAUUUAAACUUGUUAUUUAAAGACAUUCUCUGGUAUUCAUAUUAGAAAUACUAUACUGAGUACAAAAAAAGAAAUAAAGUAUUGA